CAACCGGAAAUGCUAAAGGUGACUGGCUGUCAAUAUUUUAAUUUCAGCGAGGAAUUACAAACCCUAGUUAUGAUAUUUGCCAAAGUAGUGUCUUCCUUGCUUUGUAACCUGCCGACGAAAGUUGUGCUCCAUCUAUUCUGAUUAUGGUUGUAAAUUCUCCCUCACCUCUGCCGGAGAGAGCCAUCUACGGUUUUGUUCUUUUUCUUGGAUCACAAUUUGGCUUUUUUUUGUAUGUGGUAUGGGCGUACAUUCCUGAUGAAUGGCUUUAUUCAGUAGGGCUGACAUACUGGCCUCAAAAAUAUUGGGCCCUUGCUAUGCCUAUCUAUCUGCUAGUUGCCCUGACUAUUGCAAUUGUGACGUUGUUUGGGGUGAACAUGAUCAAUACCGCUCCACUCAGCUCAGUGGACAACAUUAAAGAUAUCUACACCAAAGGACAGCAUAUGGAUGAUUGCCAGAAAACGGGUUUGCCCAGAUUAAAGGAUGUCUCCAUCAGUGAAGUCAACCGAAUGUUCUAUUUAUCAAAACAGAGUUGACAGAAAGAAAUACAAAUACAAUGUUGUUGUUUUGAAAUGUUUGUAUUUAUUUUCCAUUGACAGAUACAAUCUGUAUUCAAGUCAUUACAUGCACAAUGGUUAAGCCUAAUUCACCAUACAGCGCUUGCAUGUACAGUUGCCGACCAAGGAGGCUAAAGUGGUAGGAAUAGUGCCCAUGUCCGUGAUGCAUGCUGGUGAUUAUAGUUGAGAGUUUGUUUGACAUCAGUAAACACAUUUAUGUAACACAAUUCAGUGAUUUAUACUUAACC